AGGGACGAGCUGUGGUUCAUUGAAUUCGGACGUGGAGCGGCUCUGCCCCUGACGCCGGAGGAGGCGCCGGCGGACGGUGAGCCAGUCGUUCCGUGUGCCCAGGGUAGGAUAAUCGUCGAGUCAGCGAGAGAAGCGCCGCCGCAUUUCGCCCAGUGUUCGGCGUACAAGCGGACGGGCUUGGACGAGCCGGAUCAAGUGGCGGUCGGCGGGAUGAUCGGUGGGCUGCCCAACCGCGAGGUCAAUCGAAUGAUCAAGUUCCCGCGGCUGGUAUACAGUCGGCAAUAUUCGACGAGAGAGCAGCCGGGCAGUCCUGCCACGAGGCCGGAAGAGCUCGGCGUCAGGCCUUGGUACAACGAGCAAUUCGCCACCACCGAGUCACCUUCGUCCUCGAUCGGCGGUGGAAUUUGUGAUCGAAGCUCGUAUCCCUCAUCAUCCUCGUCCAGCUAUCCGUAUCCCCAGAGAGACCCGAGAUCUCUGAUGGUUGGCAGGCCGAACUUGUCGCUGUACUCGGUCGCGGGGAGUCGGGAGAGAGAAAGCAGUUUGGAUAGCAACGAUACGGCGGCGCCGAGUCAUCGAUACGCCGCCCCCAGGAAGGCCUACAUGGAUCUAACGGACGCGAUCGCUCUGCUCGACGAGACGUGCCCGAACCAAGAGGCGAGUCCCUCGUUAACGCCGAGAACCCCGAGGACGCCGCUCACGCCUUUUCCACGCAGCAAACGUGCGCGAUCCAAGAGCAGCGACAACUCCUCGAACUACAGUAACGAAGUCACGGCCGCGACCGCCGCUGAACGUACCCUCGAAACGUCCAAGAGUCAGGAGAAAUCAUCACAGGAAACCAAACACCGCAGACCGUUCCUCCGGAAAAUCGGCUCCUCGAAAACCGAGGACCGACCGUUCCUCGCUAAAAUCGCACCGAAAGUAAUUGGCAAACCAUAUCUGGAGAAAAUCGGACCGAGCCGUGCGAUCGAGAAGCCUUUCCUCGAGAAAAUCGGCUCUUCCAAGACUCUCGACAGAUUCACCUUCGACGUGUUACGAGAAUUCCCCAAAGUCGUGGUCAAGAAGUGCCAGCCUGCCGAGCCCUCGCCCCUCGCCAUCGAACCUUCCUCGCACCCGGAAAGAGAACAAGUACAAGAGCUCGAGGACGACGAUGUCGACCACGAUGAUGUCUUGUGCAUCAUCGAAGACGAGAGAGCCGACGAGGACGACGAGAACGACGAUCCCACCGACGAUAAAACCGAGGAUCAAUCAAGUCUGAGUAGGUCAGCGGGCAGUGGGCGCCGAUCGAAUGGAAAAGGAUAUUUAUUAAAAAUGUACUCCUUCGAAUCUGACUGCCUGAACGAGGCUGGCGAUCCAGCAGUUUCCAUGAAGGCUCACAGGGACCCGCUGCGAGGGGCUUCGCUCGACGACGUCCUGGACUCCGGUCCGAGCUCCUUCCCACCUUCGGAGGAUUCCCACGAGCAUCCGAGUUCCCGAUCGGACGACAGAUCGACGAGUGUCGCCGAGCUCGUCAAAUGUCGGGUGACUACGAGCGAGGAGAUUUUCUCAACGAUGAUGUCGCAUCAGAGUUCACCGAGAGAAGCAGCAAGUUGGGGUAAUUCGCCGAACAGAUGGUCCAAGAGAAGAUCGAGGAGGGUCGCGUCAGCGCCGAGGACGCGGGCGGACCGUGACCAGAGCGCGUCUCUGGUGUUUCCAAGCGACGACAGUACCCCGAACUCCCCGACGAAGCGUCGGAUGUCGCCCGAUCGCGAUCAGAUGGCGCGCGACCGACUCGUCAUUUCGAGAACGAAAAAUUCUUCUCUGCUGCGGGAUUCUACGGGUUCUCCGUUGAAAACGAGGCGGCAGGCUUCCAACGAGGAAGCAGGAUCAUCCGACUCGAGACGCGACCUCGACACCUCCAAGUCGAGUCAGCCCUCGUCCGAGGAGAACGUCCAGAAGGAAGAGCAGAUCAGCUUCGCCAGGUGCAAAUCGAGACGGCAAACGUUCAAGGAGGCGAUGGAGAAGUUCAGCGGUUCGGAGAAUUCCUCCGGGAAAACCCGACGCCAGGUGUCCGAAGACAUACUGGACAAGAAUCGUAAGAACGGUGAACUACUGCGUUUCGAAGAUCCGCCCGGUCGUUUGGAGCGACGAGGCAUUUCGUCGGACAAUCUGAAACUCUCUAGGGAAACGGUGGUAGCCUCAGUGCCCUCCACGUCUUCGUUGGGCUAUCAGAGCGGUGACUCUUCUCUGGUGAGCCAGCGUUCGUCCUACCAUAGCCAGGACUUCAUCCGGGGCACUCUGAAGAUCCUGCACGACAAGUUCGAGCUGCAAGAAGUUCCUUCAGAGAGUUACGCAGCCUUCAAGAGGCGUACGAGGGCGAACCAUCAGUACAAUCAGCAGAGGGACAAGCAGAGGACCAACGGGAAUGAUUCUCGAGGAAACGAGGAGACGACCACGAACAACAACCAUAAAAAUAACAAUAACAAUAACAACAGCAGCAACGACAACAACAACGGGGCCCCCAACACUGGAAUGAAUCCGCCUAAGGGGAGCAGCGAGUCGCGGCGAGACGCGAAGGACGCUUCUACGAGAUCGGCCAGCGAGGACCUCAGCACCGAGUCCAAAUCCUCGGUGACGAUCAAGUCCGUCCUCCGAAAACAGGAAGGUGUCGAUCACCAGAGCGAUCAAGAAACGGAGAACGGAACAUCGCUUCGCCGUCCAAAACGACGAAUGGUCAACGAACCCUCCCAGGAGACGAUGGACCUGUUGACCGAACUGCGCCGGGUCAAGAGCAUGCUGAAAACGCCGUCGAUCGAAACCGACCCGGCUAAUGAUUUCUCCAAGCCACCGACACGCUUCCCCAAGAAGAUUCUUCUCACCGACAAAGAAUUCUGUCUGUCGGUCGAACGCGAGAACAGCGUGCGGCGGAGACCGUCGAUGAUCGUCGGCGAAGAAUCAAUCGGGAUCUCCGAGACCAGCAGAAUCGAAAGAAACGAACAAGACGAUAGCGAGAAAAAGAAGUCGUCUCCGGAAAAGAUUCAGACCAGAAGCAGCCGCAGAGAGCGGGCCCUCCGCGGACCCGCGCUCUUCGAAAAACGCUGCUUGUCGCUGGACUACGCCGACGAUGAAAAGCCACCGAAACCGGAAGCCAGAGCCAUCUCUCUCGUAGCUCCCUCCAGGACUCCCCGCUCCGGAACAGCCGAUUACGACAAUUUGGACUCCUCCGAUCCAGGCGGCCUGGCUUACGAUGCCCGGAGCUACUCCUCGGACGUUUUUACUAGCCCGUCCGACGAGAACGACGAAACUCGUGUCAGCGAAACUGGAGCUCGAAAUUCUGCGGAAUCUCCGAACAACGAAACGACCACGGAGACCAUGAACAAUCACUGCGCCGAGGUCGACAUCGCUAUUCCCGUCGAUCACGUCGGCUCAAUCAGCCCCAAAAGGCGAAUUCACGCACAGGGAAGAACCAGCGAUUUUUAUGAAAUUAUUUCACCAAGAUCGACACCCUUCAGGGUGAAGAAAAGACUUGGGAGGAUUUCCGUUGAGGAAGGCGUCAAACCCGAAAACUUUACACUCAACAAAGUCGAUUGCAGAUCCGUCGUUAACCAGAAAAGAACAAAGUGCUUUCCCUUGUAACCCUCGGCAUUCGACCCGCGACUAUUCGCCUUUUUCACAUCUUCAUUCACACUGUACACGUACAUUCGUUCACAACUAUCGGAUGUUGUUCCUUUUAUUAAGUGAAUAGUACGCUAUGUCAUUAGCUAUUCGAACAGAAAUCCUCGCCAGUCGCUGGCGGAAUCGUUUCUCGGACCAUUUUUCUAUUUUCCCAAACCCUUGAAUUCUUUGUCUUUCGAAUACAAUUUUCAACACUUUAUCUUCGCAUAAGUUUGUAACGUUUUAAUAAUGCGUUUCCUCCGUGUAUGCGUGUCACAAUGUACUCUUCACUUAUCGCGUGCAGCCUCACAGCUUUCUUCCGCAUAUGUUCAUUGUCGCGACAAGAUAUGAAACAUAAAACGAUUCUAAACUAGAUAUUUUCGAUGAUCCAGAGCUCGCCCAUACUUGGCCCGCCGAUUCCUCAAACCGCGUACUCUCCUUAGGAUAGGGUCACAUUUUUCGACUUAUUCGCCAUGUAAGUUACUCUUACAGCGAGUAAAUAUAUAUGUAUAUAUUUAAAAAUAUGUGAACGCGUCGGGAGAUCGUUCUCCGGACGUUUCGCGAACGUUAAUAGCUGAUCGUCGAUAUCGAUAUCGUGUUCGUCGGUGUUUAAAUUAUAAUGAUGAAAUAUAUCACUAAAAUUUUCAUGACUCUGAACCAAAGUCAAGGAACAUUCGAUCGUGAGCGUUCAGCAAACUUCGCAGCCUUUUUUUUCAACGUGAAUUUUUACUUGAGUUGCUGAAUUGUAUUUUUAGGGGUAGUGAAAAGAAACGACCAUGCAAGGGGGUGACCAAUCGUCAAUGAAAUCAGUGAAGGUUCAUUGAGAAAAUAUAUAUAUAUAUAUAUAUUUUUUUUUUUUUUAGUGGCCGUUUCGAAGAGUUUUCUACUAGCGAGGAAAAUGCGAGUGGUAAAUUUGGAUUUUUUACAGAUUUCGAAAUCGUUUUACAGAUUUUUACUUUCAUUUUCGACUGUAUCGAAAUGACCAGUUUCAACGACUCUUUUAUCCACCGUGAACCAGGACUUUUUCAUUGAGAGAUUAUUGAUCGAGUACUUCUUCGAGACGAGAUCUGGCCCUGACCAGAUAAGGAGAAAAUAAAUCGAUCACCGGCUGGACUUUCGCUCGUAUAAGAAGAACCUUAAAGUGUGUUCUGUACACAGCGAACGCAUUAAAAAAUGAGCCGGAAAUCUCUCUCGAGAUGUCAGCUUCGAUUUAGUAGAAAGAAAAGUAGAAAGAGGGCGAAUCGUGGCCCGAGUCAAUAACGAAUGAGCGUACUUAUUAAUCUGCGAGCAUCAAUUCGCGUUUACCGAAUGAAUAAAAUGAUAAAAGAUAACAUAAAUAAAAGAGGAGUUUUGAUGAUGAGGAUCUAUGGAAAAAUACGAAGAGACAGACUCUCUUCUGUCAAGCCAGUGCCUUGUCCACGAAAAUAUAUAUUCAAAGUAAAACUGGAAGGAGAGACUAGGAGAAGAACAAAAUCUUACGAAAGGAGAUACAAAAAGAAUGUCAUUUUUUAAAGGCAAUAGAGAAAGCAGAAUGAUAUACGAUGGGGAAGAACAAAAAAAUUGGAUAACGAAAUAUACGUUACACGUUAAUGAACUCCGACAGCGGGACGGAUAUUCUGAAAGGGUCCAUGGAGUUGCUCCUUCGAUGGUGGGGUUCGAAUCCAAUAACAAGGAUUCCGAUUAUUGACGAAGAAAAAACUGCAAUCCCUUGCCACGACGUUGCAAUUCCCAACGCAGAUGCGUCCACCUGCCAAGCCGUUUUUCCACUUGGAUAUAGGCGCGUGAUGUUUUUAAUUAGUCUAAUAAAUAACAACACACAUAUACAUAUAUAUGUGUGUAUAUAAAUGUUAUGUCUAACGUAUACAUACACAUAUACGUAUAUGCGUAUUUAAUGAUAAUACAUGUACGACGUAAUAGCUAAUUAAAACACGAUAUAAACUUGUCAUAUUAAUACUGAUUGUUACAUUGAUUUAUUGGAUUUCUCUUUAGAGUAACGUGACAAGCGUCAUUGAUGAAACGGCGAAUGAAUAUUAUAUGUAGAUAUAUUUCAAUGUUAUAUAUAUAUGAAAAAUAAUAUAUUCAUUAUACGUUUAAUAUAAAUGAUAUACGAUACUUCAGAUAUUUGUAUACAGAUUGAGUAUGCUGCUGCAGCCUACAUUCGUUUAGGCGAUUACAAAACGACUCGAUAAUUGUUUGGCCGAAUUAUCGAGACCAGGAGCUAGCUCGCGUCAUUCUGAAGGGAAAAGUCCUUUGGGCUUUUCCUCUCCGGUGUACCGUUCGAGAGAUGUCGAACGAUGAGUGCAGUAGCCAAUGCGCUGGGGUUACGCGGGACGUAGGACCCUUCUCCCACUCGGCGCUCUCGACCGUCCGCGCUGCUGAUUGGCCACUGCUUGUAUCGUCACACAUCUCAUGAACGGUACGCCGGAUAACGAAACUUCUGAGGACUUUUUUCCUCAGAAUUUCUCGAUCUAUACACCUGCUCAAGCUUGAGCACAAAUCUUGAAACAUUCUGUACGUAGAUGCGAUAUUUACACGCAACUCCGCAUUAAACUCAAUGAUGACACUAUCGAAAUACAUGUUUUGCCAGUUAUGCGCGAGUCAAAAUGUGCCAAAGAGGAUUUGUCGGAUAAAUCAGUCACCCAAAGUUACUUUUAUAUUUGCCUGUACACGUGUUCGCCCGUAAUAUAGAAUGCGAGUUAUAGACGCGGAAAUGUGAUUACGUGCGUGUGUUGGCACCGAUAUAUACGACCUAUUACUGUAACGAGUAUGGUACGUUCAUUUCAUAUUUGUAAUAUUAUAUCUACAAAUACAUAAUAUGUGUGUGUAUAUAACCUGGAUUUAUAUAUGCACAUAUACAUACGUAUGUUUGUACUUGUACGUAAUUUGUUAUUUAAGUACAUGUUGCGAUUUCGGGGCAAUUGUGGAGUAUAGGAAAAAACUUAGGGUGCUGGAAAAUGAGAAGAAAAUAUGUAAUUCGUACGUUUCUCCGCUUUUUUUCGAUCCUUUCGCAACUUGAUACCAAACCCCGUUCGUUAACAUGCUUCGAUGCACGCUUCCGUACGUUUCGAAGGUGAAAAGAAAUGUUAAGCUAAUUAAAAACGACGUUAAAACGAAUGUAAAAUUGGCAAGUCAGGGUUUUCAUCGAGAGAACGUUAGAGCAAGAUUUUCUUCAUCCUCCAGCUUCACAAUGUUACGAUAAAUGCUAAAAGAGACAAAAACAAUCGCACCCAUCGCAGCCAUCCGUCCAUCUUUUCGGCUGUUCUGGGUCCCGAUUCUCCUCCAUUUUCGUUCUCUCUCUCUCUCUCAAUUAUUCUCUUUAUAAAUAAUAAUAGAAAAAAACGACUUUAAAAUGAAAAAUUUAUAAAGUGAAAACUAAAUACGAUAUUUACGAACCUUGCGGAACGACCGAAGCGUGCAACGAGCCGCGACUCGUAGUUAGGCAAACAGCGAAGCAUAAUUACUGCAAGUGUAUCAUUGGUCCAGUGCUCCAGAACGGAAAUUUAUAGCAGACUUCCGUCGCUCGUAAGUCACAUUUUUCUCCGUUCUCGAGCACGUUUCAAUGAUUCGUUGAAUAAACAAAUUAAAAUACCACAUAUUUGCUUGGAUAUGCGAAAAAAAAUUAAGCGACGGCUGGGAAGAGCGGAGGGGCGGGGGACGGGGAGAUGCUGCAAGAAAAAGAAAGUCAUUAUCGCUUUUCCAUUAUUCUCGCUGGCGAGAUGUUUCAAUUCCUCCGUUCAUGAAGGAGUUCCUAAAAGAGAUUCAAAUGAAUUAGUUCGGAGCUGACAUUGUUGAGGUUCUCGAUGCCUUUCACUUCGUCACAAAUUGUAAAAUGAAAAGCCAAGAACUGAGAAUAACGGAGGUCGAACUCAAAAUUCAACUCGAACGAAGGAGAUUUUUUUAAACGAACUAAUUAAUCUCAAAAAUACACAGACACAGGGCUUUAUUCUAAAUGAACGAUACGUACAUGCGUGGAAAAGUUUAGAUUUUCGAGUAAACGGAUCUCGUUUAUAUAUAUAUAUAUAUAAAUAGUAAAUAUUAUACAAAUAUGAAUGUAUAUGAAUUAUGAUUGUCAAAGGUGUAAAGAAUUAACGAUCCGGACCUCGAAAAACGUUCAAUGUCCUUUUUAUCGUCGAUCCAACAACGUUCGGUUGAGAUUUGAUUCGGAUAAAACAAUUGUGAAUAACCGAAAAAUUCACCCUACGUAUUGAUAGUUUAUUGCAAGAAUGGAGACAAGUGAGAAUCUAUAUUAUUGUUAAAACGAUGUGCGAGCGUUUGGGAAGCUUCUCCGAAGCUCGUACGAAGCGGAACUCGUUCUCCUCGCCUAUUUAAUAAACAUAUUUAAUAGUAGUCAUAUUUUCAAGCUUUUUUCCAAAUCAGUCACCACAGUCACGCACUGUACUGAUGCAUUGGGUGUUUGAGUCGUCAAUUCGAAGUACACUUUAUUUCCAUUUUGGCCAAAGUAUGCAAAUAAUUGUUCUUUCUUCCAACAUAGCUUGAGACUAUUUUUUAAUUUUGCUACCAAAAAUGUAUGUGGAGAUUUCGCAAAUGUAUGACAAAAGUUAUGAGAAAUGGGACACAAUAUUUUCUUCGGAAAUUGUUACAUUUUGUUUUUUUUUUCAUCUUUCGGAAUUUUGAUGCGAGAAAAGCACUGUUGCGUAUAAUGGAAUCGGUUGAUCAAAGUUCUAAUUUUCCACACUUCAAGAACACCCUGCAUUCGGUCAUACGUGUGUAUUUAUGGGAAAUUCCAUGCCAAAAUUGCCUAUUAUGAUGAAUUCGAAUGUACAAUUUUGUUACAAUUAAGAUAUGUGUUGGUACUUUUUCGAAGACAUAUUUUAAAAAAUAAAAUAAAAAAUGAUAAAAUUAUUUGGCCUCGGCGGUACGGGGUUUGAAGCAAAGCUUCCUAUGAAAUUCAAUAAAAAAAUCAAUGCGAAUAAUUUAUCUUUAUUUUUAUUCUUUUUUUAUAAAACUGCUUCCAAAACGAAAGAAACAACAAAACGAGAGCAAUGAACGAUUUUUCGAAAAGUCGAUCUGAGGAAAUAUUAGUCACGAAAAAUCGACAAAAAAUUCACAACAAGUACCAAACUUUUUCCCAAUUACAACGGAAUCGUAGAUACAAAUUCAUUUCAUGAGUGAAUUUGGCGUGGAGUAUCCCAUGUAAAAAAAAAUAUAUAUUAUAAACGUAUAUCGAUAAAUCUGAAUAAAAUGACGCCUGUAUAGCAAUGACUGCAACCAAAAGCAGCCAGAUCGACUGUAAUAUCCCAAAUUUGUAUACAUAUAUAUGUAUAUAUGAAUACACAUGUAUUAAUAUAUAUAGAUAUGCGUA